CUCUAAUCUUCUAGGUCACGUUUUAGAUAAAUUAUGAAACUGUAAACAUAAAGAGUGGUUUCCUGCUUCUUCCUGUUAUAAGACUGAAGUUAAGGUUAUUUUUUGCAGAGCAAUGAACACAUCAGAAGGUUUGAUCCAACAUGUCAGGGGAAAUUUUAGAGAAAGCUUCUUGUCCUCUGAACUAGGAGAAAAAAUUGGUCUGGUGCGUGAAUGGAUCAUCGGUACGGGAACAAAGUUGUUGGAUUCUCAAACUUCUAAACCAUACAACUUCGAGGAAGCAUGUCAGAUACGUAAAUCACACGAACAGUUCGAGUUCAAGUGUAUGAAAGCUUUGGAGGUCUUCGCUGAACUGUGUGAUUAUAGAAAGCAAAGUAGCAUUAAUUUGGAACUGAGUGAGCUGGACUUUAUGGUGCAGAGUUUCGUGGAAAAGCUAAACAGGAGAACAUUUUUUGUUGUAUCUUGCUACACUUAUUUCAGAUUAGUUGAAGAACUUUGGAAUAUUUUGGAGGAUUUACAAAAGAGGGAGAAGGAGGUUGAUACAUACGACGGCACCUCGAUAAAAAACGCAAUAUCUGAUUUAGAGCACGGGGUUGAAAAGUGUGAAGUGAGACUAAACGGUCUUGCUCAUGAACUUGAAAGACUCCGAAUAAUUUUGAAACCUUCUGAUCCGGAUUAUCUUGGGCAGUUGGAAGAUGGAUUUAGAGAUGCAUGUCGAGCUGCCACUGAAGCAACACAAUCCCUUAAAAUUCGAAAACUUGUCCUCAAGAAGCACUCCAAGUUACUUGAAUGUGAGGAAAAUGUUUACGAGUCUAUCGGUUGGAUAGAGGAGCUUUAUGAAAAUAUUGAAAUAAUGUAUGAAGAAAAUUGUGUUGGAAAAAACCAACUGGAAUCAGAAGAUCUUUUGAAAAAGCAUAAUGAUAUAGAAAAUCAAGCGAAAACAACCUAUACAUAUUGUAUACAACUGUUAGAAACGUAUGGGAAAUUAUGCGAAGCAGAUAGUAGACGUUUACCUCGGAAUAUAGGUUUAAGUAAAACUAGACUAUUCCGUAUUUGGCCAAAAUUAACUGAUAGAUUAUUGGAAUUACAGGCACGAACGGAAGCUGCAAAAAAAGUUUAUGUAACAACUGAUAUGCUUUUAACUCGUGUUCAAGAAUAUCUCUUGGAAUUAAGUCGAAGUCCACCGAUAUUUGAUCGUAAAUGUGGUUCACCAUCAACUCAAGGUAGUCCACCUGUUCCAAAUGAUCAAAAACGUGCGCAAUUAGAUAGACUAUUGCAAGAAUUCUCAUGUAUUAAGUCAACCGGUUUACAGCUUAUUGAAAAAUUACCUAAAGGUUUAUUAUCUGAAGAUAUUAUAGUCAACGGACAGAUAACUGAUGAAGUAAUUCGUGUAAUACGCCUUAAACUAUACACAUUGUGGUUAAAAGUAAGAGAAUAUGAGUAUGCUUUGUUGGGUCGAAAUUCAUUGGACAAUACAACUGCUAGUGAACUUGCUCCUGAUUGGCGUUCUCCAAGAAUAUUAUCACAUUCUUCAAAUUCAACGAUGAGACGAGUUGGAUCCCUAUUUGAUGGUGAUUUUAGUCCAGUAACUAUGGUUUCACCACAAGUAUCUGCGCACGAGCGGCACAAUCGACCUUCAAACCCUUUGGGUAAUGAAUUCUGUAAUCAUAAUGGUUCAGAAGAAUCAGAUGACAGGGGACAAUGUGAAUCAGUCAUUGUUCGAAAUCAGUCCACUCCCCAAUUAAGACGAAGUUAUUUUGAUAAACUAGGCAGUGACAUAAAUUUUACAGCAAAAGUGCCCUCGUCAGAUAAACCUUCAAAAAUAGAGUCUUCAUCAUUCAAUUCGUUUCCUAUAAAUAAUCAGAAGGAAAGGACAAAAUAUGAAGCGGAUUUGAAAUUUAAAGAAAAUCUGAAUACUUAUGAUAUGAAUUCUAAUAACAAUCUCGAUAGUUUAUUUUAUGCGUUUAAACGUCAGUUAUCAGAUUUAACAAGAAGUAAUCAAACACGUAAUCCUGGAGAUACGGUAACCGAUAUAGAAUUAUUCAUUUCUGAACAUGAUAAAACUAAAAAUGAAGCCAAUAAAACUUUUGAUGAAUUCAAACGUCAGUUGAAUUCAAUAUUUAAUGAAGAUGAUUCUAAUAAUCAAGUAUCAAAACAAAAUAUUCUUCUUGAUGCUAAACAACUUCUUGAUAAUUGGAUUACUGAUUGGGCUUUACAACGUGAAAAUCUUAAUUAUCGUCUUGCAUUUGUAAAUCGUUUGGAAGAUUUACAAACAGAUCUCGGUGAAUGUGUUUCUCGUUUAGAUCAAUUAAUAAAAGCUACUUGUUUAUCUGUCAAUACAGCUGCUGAAACAUAUAAAAAUCAGCAAAAUCUUCACUUGUUGAAUAAAUUAGGUGCGACAGUUUUAUCCGAAGCUGAAAUUUAUCAAAUUAAUACUAUUAAUGAAGAAGUAAAAGGAAUGUUACAGACAAUUCCGGCACAAGAGCAGUUUAUUCAAUCAUUGAUAAAUGAGGUUGAACAAUGUGAGAAGUUCCAAUUUCCUAAUCAUAUAAUGCAAAUUAAAUCUAUCUGGAAAAAGUACACAGAAAAUUUAAAUAUCUUUAAAUCUUUUAUAGAAAACUUAACAAAGGCUUAUAACAUUAUUCCGGAGUUGAAUGGCUACAAAUCGAAUUAUUUAUAUCGUGUAUCUGAACCCAGUAAACAAGUGUCUUCAUUGAAUCAGAUUGAUGGUCAUAACUUGGAACAAGCUAUUUAUGCUAUAAUAAAACCUGAUUGUUUAUCUCCUAAUGCUGAAAACUUAAGCAAGAUAUCUUCAACAUAUCCACAAGUUUUAUGGUUAAUACAAUAUUUAAAUGGUCAAUUAAAUUUAAUCAAGGAAUCACAAGAAGAAUUAGAUAUGUUAAUGUUAAAUAUGCAAGUGGGAAGUGCAUCACCUGUUGAUCUAUCUGAAUUAGUAACAAAAUCCCGUAAUAAUAAUAAUAAUAAUAAUAAUAAUGAUCAAAGAUAUAAUGAUAAAAAGUCGCUUACAAAACGUUCAUCAUCACCAUUAUUUUCAGAUGAGAAUUCAUCUGUUGGUCAUAGUAAUAAUGUAAAUGCAACAUUCAAAUCAAUACCAUUAACACAUCAUUCAUUUCCAAAUAAUAUAAACUCAGAUAGAUCUGUAACACAAAUGAAUAGUAAUAAUAAUUUCAAUGAAAUUAAUUCUGCACCACCUAUCUUAUGUUCAACAUGGAGAAUUAUUAAACCAUUAAAUAAUAUACAAUGUAAACUUGGUGAUAUAAUUAAAUUACAAUGUUAUUUUAAUGGUCCAUCAUCUAGAGAUGCUUUUAGUGUUUUAUGGUUUUAUAGACCAUUUAAAUUAAUCAAAGGGCAAUUAAGUUAUGGUUUAAAAGAACGAAUUAAUUUAACAUGUUCUAAUGAUAUUGUUGAAAAUAUUAAAAUAGAUUUUGUUGAAUUGAUGAUUAAAAAUGUCACAGCUUAUAGAGCUGGAUUAUAUACUAUACGUAUAAGAAAUGAAGAAACUGGGAAAGCAAUGAAAAGUAAUGCUUCUUUAACUAUAAUCCCGAAUAUUCUGGAGGAUAAACCUGAUUUAGAAAUUGAAACUCUAGAUACAUCUACAGGACUCCUUAAACCAAUUACGAUUGAAGUCGGUUAUGAAGGAUUAUGUAUCAUUCCCAAUGUAAAAUGGACAUAUAAUGGUUCACCAAUAAAUCACUCGAUCUGGCGAAUGGAUACAGAUAUGAAUAGAAGUAUAUUGUAUUCUGCCAAUGCACAUAUUUCCGAUAAGGGAGUUUACGAAUGUGAAAUAAGGGAUCAUGUAACAAAUACAAUACUUAAAACGAGAAGAUCAAUACAGAUUCAACCUUCUGUGCCAGUUAAUGAACAACCGCUUGUAUUUGGCAAUAAUCAAACAGUUGGUAUGGUAUUUGUUGGUGACCCAAUCGUUAUACGUUGCCCAUUACCAUCUGUAAUAAAGACAGGAUCAAUAAUAUCUGUUGAUUGGUUACAUGACAAACAAAAAAUUUACUCAAUGAAAACAACAGUUCCGAAACAGUCUGUCAAUAAAGUUAUAUCUAGUAGACUAGCUAAUUUCGAAGGAAAUCAGUUUCAGCGUGGUGAAACAAUAUGGCGGACAUAUCUAAUGGAUAAUCAUUGUGUUCUUACGACAGACAAUGUUCAAAAUACAGAUGAAGGUAUAUACAAGUGUCGUAUAAAAUCUGACACUGGUAUCUAUGAGUCUUCAGGAUCCUUAUCUUUAGUUAAAGCUGUACAUUUCUCAAGAGGGUUGCCUACUUUAUUAGACAUUUCAAAAGGUGAUCGAACUAAACUGACAUGUUGCUUAGAAAUUCUACCGUUUAAAGACAACAAAAUUACCGACUCUAUCAACAACAACAACAACAAUAGAACUUCUAUUAAUCAAAAUGUUUCACCAACGUCAUCAGUACCGCUUUUAUCUCCGUUGCCAAUGAAUCAGUGGGAUCAAUUGUCUUUACAAAUUAAUUGGUUUUUAAACAAUGAAUUAUUAGACACUGAAAAAGCUAAGAAGCUGAAGAUAAAUACUAAUUUUGUUAAUGGGCUAGCUACUUUAUCAAUUGAUAGUGUAUCUACUGAACAUGAAGGGGAUUAUUGCUGUAAAGUGGAAAGCUCAAAGGGCAUCAUUCAAACAUAUGGAAAGAUUGUACUUAAAAAGGAACCUACAUCUUUCAAAUUUAUAAAUGAUGGGCCUAAAAUCAUUGGAGAAAUUCUGAAAUCACCAAAUCCGAUCACAAUUAAUCAGUGUCUGACUCUUACAGUAAAUUAUACGUCAAAUUCAAUCCCUGAAAUUAUAUGGCUGAAAAAUGAACAGAAACUUGAUAUUAAUAGUUCCCGUGUUAGGAUGGAUAUAAAAAACAAUCAAUGCACUCUAACUAUUUUUGAUACAAAACCAGAGGAUACCGGUUAUUAUACUGUAAAACUGAGUGAUUCUUUUGGUAUUGUCCAAGAAACAAUCUUUAUUGAAGUGAAACAGAAAAGUGUAAAUGAAAUCACUAGCAUGAAAGAAGAUGCUUUAAGCCCUAACGAUCACAUUCAUAAUAAAUCUGUUCCAGAGGAGUAUGUUAAUAAUAUAAUACAGCAAGCAUCUGAAAGUUAUUUAAAAGCAAAGUCUAUCAUAUACGGUCCAUUAGACACUAAAGUGAAUAUCGGUGAUACUUUGCGCUUGUUUUGUAUUAUACGACCAAUGAAAGAACCAUUUUUUGUUCACUGGACACAUAAUGGACAAAUAUUGAAAAAUUCAGCACUAACUAAUCAAACAACUGGUAUACAAACGUGGGCAAAUUAUCCUAAGAAUGGAUUUUAUAUUUUAGAAUUAAAAUCUAUAUGUGUACAAGAUAAAGGAUUUUAUGGAGUGACAAUAUCUAGAGUACUGAAUAUAUCUGGUAAAAUGGUGAAUGAAACAGUAGAAGAAGCUGUUUGUUGGGUUGAUGUUGAAGGUCAAAAAUCCUCGGAAAAGAAAACCGCUCCAGCAUUUAUAGAUGAUGAAUUUUCUCCAAUGAUGGAAGUGAUAGCAGGUCAAGUAGUUGAGUUAAAAUGUAAAGUAGUUGGUAAUCCAUUACCUUCAUUCUUUUGGCUAAAAGAUGGUGAUAUGAUGUCAUCAACCAAUUUAAAUUUUCAGAUAUCUCAAUCAAAUGGUAUGUAUAAAUUAACUUUACCCGAUGUAACUAAACAACAUUCUGGGAUAUGGGAUUUGAUUAGUUAUAAUUCACAGGGUUUAAUUAUCAAAUCAUGUCAAUUGUUUGUUAGUGAAUUCAUAAAUGAUUAUCUAAAGUUGAAUAAUAAUGAAACUACAACAAAUGAAACAAUCAUUAAUAUAAAACCUUCAUUUAAUAAUAAAUUUCAAGAAAACAGUAAAUUAAUGAAUAAGCAAGAACUUUCAAUGGAACAUAAUAUGAAUAAAUCAUUGGAAACUCAAUCGAAAUUAUCGGAAUCUAAUGUUAUUUCAUCAAUACAAAACUCUAAAUUGGAACCACCUGAAUUUGAUAUUAUGUUUACUGAUAAAGUAAUGAAUACAGGAGAGACAGUAUGUUUAAAAUGUUCAUUGAAAGGAAAUCCAAAACCUGUGGUACAAUGGCGUUUUAAUGGGAAAUUACUUAAUUUACCAACUGACAGAAUUUUCAUGAUUCAAAAUAAGAAUGAAUACAUAUUGUUUAUUUAUAAUGCAUGUGAAAAUGAUAGUGGACGAUAUGAAAUUACAGCUGAAAAUGUUAUUGGAAAAGCAAUUUGUUCAGCCCUUCUAAUUAUAAACAGUUCAGUAAAAUCUCGGCAUAAUAGACCAUCUAGUGAACCAGAAUAUACUGCAACAGAAGCAGAGAAAUUAAACAUUCAUCGCCGUAAAUCAAUGGAAUGUUGUCAUUCAGGAACACAGACUCCUGAGAAAAAACGAUCUUCUCUUAUUCGUUCAGUUAGUGCUCCAUUGGAAUCCGAGUGUGAUGAUUGCUACAACAAAAUGUUUGUAAGAUGUCGUGCUUGUUACGCGCCAUUAAUCCGAGAACAUGAAGAUGCUCGAGCGAAACAUCCGAAGCCUAAAUCUGAAUAUUUACCAUCUCUUUAUAAUGGAACUUAUUCACGAUCAAAACCAUGGACCGUUAGACGGCAUAAAUGUUCAAGUGGUAUAUCACGACGAAUGACUGGAUCAAGUACACAAACUAGGCUAUCAAGACAUCGAAGUGAAGGUUCUCUAUUGCAUCAAUGUCCUUACUGUGAUACAUUAAUGUUGCCAGUAAAUCCACCAAAUUUAUCCAAACCAAAAAUUAAUAAAGUUGAACGAGUUUUAAGUUUUCCUGAUGAAUAUUAUCAACCAACAGAACAGAAUUUAUCACAGGAAGAAGGUGAAGAUAUUUAUUAUUAUCAACCAAAUUAUAAACAAAUUGUUGUUUCACAUAAAACUACACGUACAAAACAUAUGAAUAUUACAAAAACAUCUGAAUCACACUUACCCGUAUCAUCCUUACGUGAAAAUAGAUUACUAUCAAUAUCACCAGAUGUACUUCAUAAAUCCACAACUAAACCACGUGAAAUACCAAUUACAAUUCAACGUGACAAUGGCUAUAAUCAAAUGAAUAAAUCACAACACCAUCUAAUUCAGAGUAAAACUAAUCCAUCUAAAAAGAACAAUUCUCAAUCAGAACAAACAGUUAGUAUUGUGGAAAGUUCAGAUAAUGAUUCUGCGGUUUUUUAAAAACAAAACAAUGAACCAAAGAAAACGCUUUGAUUUUAUACUUUAUUGUUCAUUUCUUUAAUAUAAUAGUAUAUAUUCUAAUUGUUACUUUUUAUUCUGUUACAUAUAUAUAUCAUCUAAUUUUUGUUAUCUUUGGACUUCAGUAAUCUUGUACAUUAAAUCACUUAAACUUAUUUCAUAUGUUAAUCACUGUUAUGUUAAAUAUUUGUAUACUGAAUUUUUACAUCAUUUACAUUUGUAUUACUCACUAAAAUUCAUAAUAAGUAGUAUAAUCCUUCUGAAAUCUUAUAAAUACACAAAUAACUAAGUUAUCCAUUUGUAUACUCUCAUUCUAUGAUUUUCACCGUAAUAAAAACAGUUGUAUUUUGUGUAAUCAACAACAAAAAGAAAGGAAUUAUGUUUACGGUUAGAAAUUUCUUAAAAAUCGUUUGUUAAAUUCAGUGCAUUAACAAUAUGCUUUUUAUGUUGUGUGCUACUGUUCAGGUUUUUAUUAAUCAUGUGAACUACAUCACAAAAUAUUAUUGUUCUAUCUAUGAGGUGGUUAAGUUUUAAGUUUCGGACUAUUACAAGAAAAUAAAUCAAGAGUAAAAUCUUCUUCAGUAUGCUUUCUCUUUGGUUAAUUUUUAGUGAAUAUUACAUUGCAUUUGUUUGGUUGUGAGAUUAUGUUAAAACCUAUUAUACUCAUUAAAAAUCUACUGUUUGGAGGUGGUAAUUACUUUGUAUAAUGAAAUUAACUUUAAGCAACGUUUAAUGUAUAAGGUCAACAUGUGGAUUUUAUGUAGUCAACGCUAUUAGCAAACUGUAUAUUGAUUUUGUGUUCAAU